GGCUUUUGUUCCGGCGGAGUAAUUUUUAUCGCAGAGAAUUCUCAAGAUCGUUUUUUGUUUCGGUGCUACUUGCUUGUCAUUCACCUGUGUCAUUUCGUUUCCCAUUUUGACGGGACCAUCACGACUCCCGUUUCCCGAAAGCAUUCAAAGGCUUAUCCAGGCUUAUCUGACGUUGCUUUCUCUUCCGACACUUUUUUUUCGACACACUUUUUUCACCUCCUCUCCGGCCCUUUUCUCUCCGGGAAAAAAACGUGAGGUGAAACGAGUCAUCGCCGAUUAAACAGCUUCUCGAGUCCAGGCUCUCCCCGGUGGCAUGGGGCCGGACGAACGGGGCUGCUAUUGAACACUGAACACACGAAACGUGGUGUUUCCAUGUCCAUACGAACACGCGUAUACACGGUGACAUCGAUGUUUGUAAGAGGAGAGAUAUCGCGCUAAUUGCGGUCGAUGGGACGCGUGAAUAUUCGCACCGAAUGUUUUCAACGUUUUUUCGUAAAUUGCUCCGCGGUUUGCCACUGACGGAUAAUGAAUUAAAAUCGCCGUGUUCUCGAUUCUGCAUCUGCACAUUGCGCGCUGCAUAUUUAUACCGGAACUCGAGAAUAUCUCGUUUAAUUUCUUUCCUUGCAAUCCUUUCUCGCUCGAUAAUCGACAUUCGAAAGCAUUUCCAUAUUUAUUUUCGCUCUUUCUCCUUGAACGACCUCGCGUCGAUCGGUGCACUGGUGCGAGAAGAAACGCUCGAAACUUUUCUCUCUCAUUUUUCUGGAAGUGUCAGGCAAUCGGAAAAACCCUUUUUCUGCAUUCAAUUUCCAUUGUCAACGAUUUCUUUUGAUCCCUCGUCAAGCAACCGUCAAUAAAAUUACAAUUUCAAUGAUUGUGGGCGGCACGAGUUUGUCGCGUGAUUUAUUUUGCUACAGAAAUUUUAGCGGUGCUAAAGUAUUUCAUGGACACGUCAGCAGGCACUCGGGAAUUGAACUGUUUGACGACUCAUCGUUCCAACUACUAAAAUCAUAACAAUUUUCUUCGUUAUCAUGAUUAUACAUGAAUUUUUAAAAUCGCAUCGAAGCCUCAUUUUUCCAACGUCGAUUCGAGGAGAGGGCGUGAUUGCAUUGUUCACGCGAAUGUAACAAAUAUCUGUAAACAGAAACACUCACACAUGCACAAACGAACGUGACUUUUCCCAGGGAGAAUGCACUCGCAAGCUCGCUAGAAGGAAAAAAACAUUCGAUGGAGAUCGAGGCCGAAGAUUAAUUCACUUAAUCCCAUGUACUCUCGGCCGCACGAGGUCGUUGGUGCUUCGCAAACGGCAAUCCGCAACGGUCAGGCAAAACAGUUUUUGUGUCGAUUUUUGUUACAAACGAGUGCAAAUUUACGUUUCGGAUAGAGUAGAGGCAGGAAAAAACUAGCGGAAUAGAGUUCAGGUUAAAAGUAAAAUUAAUCUCAAGGAAAAAAAUAACGUUUGGGGGGGAAAGAGCGAACUCGGGCUUCAGCGCCAGACGAGUGUUGGAGGGCGAUACGUUCGAACAUAACCUAUUUGGAAGAAAAUCCGACAUUUGUUACGAUUCAAGUGGAAUGAUAAUUAUUUCGUAAUGAUUGAUCGGAAUGGUUUAUUGUGAUGAAAUUUGGUCUUCUUUCGAGCCUUGGACUCUUUCUUAGGGACAAAUUAUUAACUCUGCUGAGGAAACUGUUUUGUAUGCUUUUUUUGAAGUUAAAUUUCCGAGCUGAAUUUCGACCCCAAUCCGUCAAUCUGGGAUACGUAAAAAAAUGUACAAAAUGUCGACUUGGAAGAAGAUCGUUGGUCGUUCGAAUCGAAUAUAGAAGUCAUCUUUUAACCUAUGAAGUUCGGGAAUAAAUUCUUGCAAUUAUGAAAAUUGAGUAUUUCAUCCACAAUUUUUGGCGAAUUUACUGUUUCAUUGCAUAUUGUAUUCGAUUAAUUCACGUAUUUACUCUUUUCUCCAUAAAAUUUGAUACAAUUUAGUAAUAAAAAUAAUAAAUCGUCUAAAUUUUGUUUUGAUAGAAAGUGGUGCGUGUGCAAGUGCUCGAGAUUGUAAAUUGUAAACACCUUGGGACUGUGUGUUAGUUGACGUCAGUGUUGUUCGGUGGCGCUAGUGGCGAGCUUUUUUUCAAUAGUGUCGUGUUUGCCGGGGUGCAUCGUCAGGUAUUACAAUACUGGCGUUGUUAACGCCCUCUGUACGUGAAACCUCAAAUUAACUCUGUCCUUUCUCGUACAAUGGCCCGAGUUGAUUGAAACUCCCGCGUUACAAAAGAAAAGAAACAACGGAGAUAAAUAAUAGUCCAAUAAACAGAGCGAAAUAAAUGUGAGUGAAAAAGAAAGAUAAAAGUACUGAAAAUUUGGGUGUGGGUACGAAUUUUUCGUGAAAAUGAACACUCGAAUGUUGUUGUGCGAGUUUAACUGAAAAGCAAACCAAACAAAGGUGAUUUCGUGACCGCCAUUGUUGCGCCACGAACGACGCCAAGAGACGAGUGUCCCAAAUAACCUUGAAAUCACGAUCGCAAUCUUCCAGCUGGAUUCAGUGUGUGAUAAUAUUUCUCAAAUUCAAUGAAAUCGCAUGAAAUUCAUGCUCGACGAAGAUUAAUGAUACAGUGAAUACGAUCAAUAACACAAAGGUCAAUUGACUGGAUAAUAAAUAACUGUUAUGAGCUCACCGAAUCUUUUCUCCUAGUCGUUCGUUUUUUUCCCCGAGUGUACGAUGAACAGUGACUUUCAAUGCGAUGGAAAACUGGCCAUUUUUUAUCAGUGAUUUUUGUCGUCCUAUCAAAAGUUUUGGAUUCGGAGCCACGAGGAAUUCGUCACGAUAAAAACUUGAAAAGUUAACACAGGAAUUGUUCGAUUAUUAAGCUCACCGCUUGGAAGACGGGAGAAAUAGUGAAGAGGUAUUAUGUGAGGUGUUACGAGCAGUGGUAAACGAGACAAACUACGAAGAUGUUGGUUUUCAGCCGGAUCCUCGGUAUCGUCGCCCUGGCUGUCAUCAGCAGCGGUGUCCUGUGCUACAGCCUAUUGCACGAUGGCGGGGGCGGGAAAAACGCGGACAGCCAUCAAAAUGCGCUGGACGAUGAUUCGGCAUCCCGGACGGGUCCGUACUUCGACACUGCCGCGUCAAAAAACGUGACAGCCCUUUUGGGGAAAACCACGUACCUCAAUUGCCGCGUGAAGAAUCUUGGGAACAAGACACAGAUGAUGCUACAAGUAUCGUGGGUCCGGCACAGAGACAUUCAUUUGCUGACCAUAGGACGUUACACGUAUACGAGCGAUCAACGAUUUCGCGCGAUCCACAACGCUUACUCGGACGACUGGACACUUCAAAUAAAGUAUCCGCAGCACCGUGACAGCGGUAUAUACGAGUGUCAGGUGUCAACGACACCGCACAUGAGUCAUUUUGUUCAUCUCAACAUAGUCGAACCGACUACCGAAAUCGUCGGAGGUCCGGAUCUGUACAUCAAUCACGGAAGCACGAUCAAUCUCACGUGCAUCGUUUUACACAGUCCUGAGCCGCCGGCUUAUAUUUUUUGGAAUCACAACGAUGAGAUAAUCAGUUAUGAUUCGAGUAGGGGUGGCGUCUCAGUAGUGACGGAAAAGGGUGACAGCACGACGAGUUUUCUACUCGUGCAGUACGCGAAGCCGAACGACUCGGGGAAGUACACGUGCAAUCCGAGCAACGCUCAACCAAAAUCCAUCACAGUCCACGUGCUCAAUGGAGAGUAUCCAGCGGCGAUGCAACACGGUGGUCAAGCGAAGCAGCCGCGGCUCUACUCGCUCCUGCUGUGUCUCUGUCUGUUGCUCUAUUAGAAACAAAAGGAAUUAACGGCGAGGAGGGAAUAAAACGCAGGACCGAAGUUCAUGGUGCGUGUGACAUUAAAAAAGUGAGACCGUGUGAGUGUGCGAACCGAGGAGUUUCCAUAUAAGAAAAGAGUGAAAAGCUCGACAGAGUAAUCGGGAGCUCGGUGUGGACUCGGGGCUCGAAAAAAUUCGUCACGAGACCGCCGCGCGGACUAAAAAUCUCCGUUGACGCGUUUUUUCAAGCGAGUGCUAAAACUGUAAAAAAAAUGAUGAAAAAAUCUGCGAUAUCGAUACCGCUGAUAUAAAUAAAAUAAUAACGAGAGAAAGAAGAUAAUUAAUAUACAAAUAAAUGAACAAUAUAUAACAAUUGAAUAAUAUCGUGCGAUCUUGCUCUUUUAAGGCUGUACAUUACUAUAAGAUACAUUAAGUUACGAUACGAUGCGAGAAUCUUUACACAAUAAUAAAAUAAUAAAUAAAAAGACUAAAGUAGCCGGAGUUAUUGAAUACGGUCGAACUUUGGUUGACUUUCCUCGUGGUUGAACCUCCCGAAUGUCCGGACCCGCAACUUUGUCGCUUGUGUAUUAAAAGACGAAAUUUUCACCCCCUCCCCUGCCCUUUCCCCAAUGUUUUUACUAUCGUCACGAUAAAAUGGAAUCGUCGCACCACGUUCGAUUCGCGAGGAAAAGUUUAAAACACUAGAAACAUGACUCACUUACGAGCCUCUUUUUACUCAAUGGAAGUUCGACUGUUGAGCCGCGUACAUACACUUUCGUAUGUAUAUCGCGGCAUGUUCUACGGCUUCGAGGACACCGUAACCGCGGUAUUCGCGGAUACGAGUCCUCUCGGCCUCCCCUCCCAUCCUCACAAAUGGCUUGGCAUUCGAGUGGUCUGAGGAUAUCAUCCGCAGCAUCCCCCCUGGCUUCGGUUUCACUGCAGGCGUCAAAUUGUUCUGGCUCAACCACAAACUUCGAUCUUCCUCUGUCCCACAGCCCCCCCCGGGUUUCCAUCCACAAAACGCAAGUCCUCCGGCUCUCGAGUUCUCUCGCAUAUAAUGUUAAUUUUGGACUUAACUUUAACAACACUUUAUUUCACCACGGUCACCAUUGACGGACGCAAAGUCUUUGAAAGAAACGACGAAAUUGUCCUGACGCGGUGACGCCGAGAAACGCAUUUUUGGGGCCUUUUUUCAACGGAAUUUUUUUAUCUUCAGACGAAAGGCUCGAAAUCAUUGGACGGGGAAACAUAGCAAAUGAGGAAAAAGUUGGUGUGAAAUGAAUCAAGAGAAAUAACGAGGAGCAUUACUCCCCGAUGCUCAUUAUCAUAAACAUUUAGUUUUUCGUGGUAUUUACCAUAAAUGAAAUGAUUUACGGUUCGUUUGAACCUAAAUAACGUGAUUGGAUAAAGUUUGGAGCGAGGCAAAGGUGAAAUUAGUGAUUCGCGGUAAAGCCUCCGUGAUGAAUUCGCGGACACACGCACACACAAAGAGGGACACGCGUAUGCUGCAUGCAGUCGAAUAAUCAAUCGAUUAAAAUUCACUCGGGUGUUAUUGUCCUUGUUCGCGAAAUAGCGACGGAGCAGUGCUGGAAAAACGGAUAAAUAGGGCGAGAUAAUAAACAUGGAAAGCGCGCGGAGAGGCUAAAAUUCGAUGAAAAUUCACAGUUAGCUGGCUAUUUCUCACGCGCUUGGAAUGCCUCGUAUGCGUGCACGUGUGUGAACGACAAACCGGUUAAUUACACUACAAAAAAUUAUUUCGUCGAAUAAAGAGUGAAACGCGGGCGGGAACGUGAGCGAAAAUGAAAUGGAAUUAUUCCGCGGCAUGCUCUAAAUUGGACGAUAAUGAAGAGCCACUUAUAAAUUCGAAUUUCAAACAGGCCAAAUUUCCUCGUUCGAAUUCAUCGAGCUCGAGCGAGUACAAGCUUCGAUUGAAGCUUCCGUGAGCUUUUUUCUCUGUCGGUCAAUACUUUGGCGACGAGGAAAAAAUAGAAACAGCAGCCCCACACUGCCGGGGUUAUCGCGUCUCGAAUCCGUCACAAAUUUCUAUAACCGUCGACAAAAUAAAUGCUUUUUCACAUGGAAUGACAGAGAAAAAGGUCGAGUAAAACAAACGCGAGAGUCGAAUGAAUUUCCCCCGAUUUUCGGUGGCCCGGGACAAUGGUCAAAAACGAACGAAACUUGGUGGCUGUGUUCGCUGUGCGGAGGGGAAUCAUCAGUGCGUUAUUGUUUAUAUCGAAACGAAAGAUACAUGCGCGCGUGCAGAGAGAGCGCCGAUGCCCGGUAAAAUUAACGCCGCUGCGAGGCGACUCCAUAAAACGCGUUAUUUCAUACCCCCGCGAAAACCACAAUCUCCACACAAUGGUACGUCAUUAACGUUGAUUAAUUUUCCCGAGAUAUUUCAUCAAAUCCCAAUGCGGACUAAAUAUAAUUCGCAAACGAGAUGGGCUCACUUCGCGAAUACUCCAGGAACGCGAUGAAAACUCCGCGCUUUUCCGAAUUUUCUUUUCUCAUUUCACUUGAAACAGAAGUUCAAAAAACUCGCGCGAAAAACUGUUUUCAACAGCAAGAACCUCUCAAGAACGCGGAAGAAAACAUUCGCGCAGCCUUCGGGACCGUUUGCCUCUCCGAGGACCCCUCGCGGGGCAUUAAUUUGAUGGAUGAGCAUCUCCCGCGAGCGCGCUGGGAUAUCGCGAGUGUACAGAAAAAUACAUUGUACCGUGUUGCACUGAUAAAAAUAAGGUGAACAAAAUUUAUCUCGACUUUGUUCGGAGCGAAUUCCGUUACUCCGAGAGUGGGGCAUUCACCGACCGAUAUAAAGAAACGUACGAGAAUGUAUGUGUAAGUACGAAUAACACGGAUGCAUUAAAUUAUACGAAGCAGCAUGUCGGAUUGCAUCAAGAAAUCAGUGAAAUUGUGAUGUCGAAUUUAAUUUUUUUAUCAAUAAAAAGAAACUUGAACUUAUUCAUUUUUAAAUAAUUCGUUCGUAACUGUCAAUUAAAUAAUUUCUGAAAAAUGGCAUGGGCAGAAACGCGUUGAAAAUAGGAGCGUUUAACAGCAUAGAAAUCGCGCUGCGUCUGCGAUAAAAAAUGCCCGAAAAUUCUCGUGGCAUCGAGGCCAAUUACUUUCCCGAGAUUCCGAUCUAAUCGCAACACAAAACGAGGGAAAAAGGGGGAUUAUUUAGAGUAAUUAUUUUGUUUUUUGUUUUGUUUUUGUUUUUUUUUUUAAAUUCUCGAAACGUGGUUAAACAUAGUCGUAUCGCGUUAGCCAAAUAUCGGAUCGUUUAUCUUGUAAAAUUAAUGGGACCGCGGCUAUUUUCCCCUUUCGAAUGUUCCUCCUGCGCGGGAAGAUGAAAAAUAAAAAAAGAAAAGCCCCGCGGAGCGACGCUAUAAAUCGUUAGCUCGCGUUUCGUGACUAAAGGUGCGGUGGAAAAGAAGAGCGAGGAAGAGGGCGGAAUAGAAUUGACGAAAAAACGAGAGCCCUCCCCCUUAUCCAGCAGGAUUGUAGAUAGUACAUAUUUAUGAACAUAUCAAUCGUCGAAAAUUUUCACGAGCAUGCAUAACGUGGCAAAAAACGAUCCCGAGAGCCUCCAAUUCUAUCCUUUUUCUUCCCUUUUCUCAAGUAUUACUCUCACACUCGUGUGUUAUAUUACCAUAAACGGCCUAGGGGGAUGGUGGGAUCUCCGGACGAAUCUGUAUGUAAAUACAAAUCCAAGGAAAAAGGAAAAAAACCGAGAGAAAAAAAAAUAUAAUUGCAUUAAUGUUGAACGUAAGCUCGGAAGAAAAAAAUGUCGAUAAGCUCUCUUCUUGCGAGAAGAUAACAAUUGUAAAUACUGUACUUUAAGGACUCUUCAUACUUAUUUUUUUCGUCUCGACAAUACUAUUUUACGGUGUAUAAUAACGUAAAAUAAUGUGUUUUACGACGUCGCGUUGGCCUGGCAUAUUGACUCAAUUCGUCAUCGUUUUUUGCAUUAUUUCUUUUCUUUUUUACGCGAGUGUGAACACAAUCGCAGCGAGUGUUAAAAAUCUUUAUAUAUUUUGACCAAAGGACACGUCGAUGCAUUUGUGAUAAACGCACGCGAACGAAGAGUGAAUCUACGACGUUAUAUUAAAAUGUAUUAAUACGAAUAUAGUUAUAUCAAUGUCGGCGCAAAGUGCACGUCGACGACGUUCGAACGGAGGACAAAUUGGACAAUGGUUUAACAAUAUUAUAAAAUGACACUGAUCUGUGACGUUCGGCGAUCAAAGAAACUCUCGCAUCAUAAAGAUUAUCAUGACGACACUGAAUAGUUAUAUCAAAACGACGAAAUAAAUGAACGAAAUAAAGAGAGAAAACAAAAAGAAAAGAAACCCACGACCCGACGGAUCUCUAACGAUAAAACGAUAAAUGUACUAAAUAUCAAAUACGCAAAAUUAUUGUCAUUGUAAACGUACGGAGAUAGUCAGUGUUAAGUGAUUGUAACUAUCUGCGUAAUUACGUUGAAACCGAGUAAUUGUACUUGGAGGAAGAAAAGUGAGGAGGAAAACGAGAGAUAAAUCAUUAGAGGGAAAAAGAUGAAUCGAUCGAGUCUUUUUCUAGUGAGAAUGUGAUACAACGUGCGUCUGCGGAGGAAGAUUGCGAGGAUUGUUUGAAAAAUGUACCUGUUGUGGGGUCUGAUGAAUCGGUGCGCGAUUCAACGAUUUAAAAACAAAUUUACUUUCGAAUUAAACGCUUUUUUCAUCCUUACUAUGUAAUAUCGAAGGGAAGUGGUGGAAAGAUGCAGUGAAUUUAUAAAAUGGAGUAAGCCGCGCUUUUGAUAAAGUUACAACUGUUUCAAUCAUUUUUAUUCGUCGUGAUAACCGUUCGGGUUUUCACUCAGUCUGAAAAUUUUUAUUGAUCACGCAAUUAUAACGACUAUUCAUUUCCGCAUCGACUCCCCCUUCUUGUAAUCUACUCUUCUCAUUAACCGUGCUCGUUUAUGCGAUCGCGCCAUCACCUUUUUCACGUCUAAUCAUUUGAUUUUGUAACGAAAAAUCUCACAUUUUUCCAGAUUAAAUAAAACGGAGUGAAAUAAAUAGUCGAGGGAGGUGUAAAUAAUUCUGUUGGAGAGUUUGGGAACGUCGGGGAGGAAGAGAUCGACGAGAAUAAAAAUCGUUCGAGGCACGAGUGUCAGAACGACAAACGCGUUUCGUUACUUCAAUCCCAGAGGCAGCAAAAUGAAAACAAUUAAUUUUUAUCGACCCAUCAACUUUCCCAGUUUCUAAUCGAAUAAAAAACUUGGCUUAUCGCGAAAUAAUUCUUGAAAACGCCCGGACCCUUUACCCUCGAGGAGCGAAGUAACGAAGUGACGUCAGAGUCAGAGUAUCUAUGGUGCAUGAAAAUUGAGACAAUGACGGGAGGCUAAGCCGAGGGUUCGUUGGAUGUACGCGAGUGUAUGACGAUGCAAAUUUAACACGAGAGAACAGAGAGAAUCGAGGAUUAGGCUUUCGGGAGGCCUGGUGACGUGGAAAAAAGAGGAACGUCUUAGGGCAAAGCAUAAAGGAAACAUCACAGACACGCGACGCGCGUUAAGAGUGGUGAGACACUAUCGAAUUGCCAGGGUUAAAUUGAAACACGCGCGUAUGUGAGCCCACCUUUCGCACGUGUGUACUCGUAAAUUUAACUCAAACUUGAGCUGUAUAUGCCCGUGUAUGAAAUUCACUUUGAACAGUGCGAUGUCAACGACUAUCCUCGAGAAUUUCGAUGCCUUUCUCUCGCUCUAUUCCCACGUCUUUCUCUCUCAAAGGAAACCUUAAUCUAUUUGAGCUUGAAGCGCGCGAGAGAGUAUACGCGACUCACGAAACCGCUGGUACGCCGACAGGGGGACUCUUGUUAAUUGAAACGUACAGGGAGAAAUUACGUGUGCGGUCUACUCCUCCCACCUGAUUUUCUCUGUUUAGACAGACAAAAGUAUGGGAAAAUGGACCUCUGAUGAAAAUCCGACGUGCAUCCGAUUGUUUUUCUUUGAAAUUCACUGAACUCAAACUGAACUCAUCUGAGCUGCUGCAAAUUCUACUUUGGCAAGGAAUCGUCAACGAAUUCAUUUUUCUCAUUUUCCUCCAAAUUUCGCACGCGUCGAAAUAACUUGAAUCGUCACUUCGUUAUCGAUUGCUCGAAUUUGAGGCUGCUCUCAUGCCAAAGAUUGCUCGUAAGCCACGAACUUCAAUUGAGCUUCCGGUACAAAUUCGUAACUUUGAACUUCCCGAUGAAGUGACCGCAUUACAGUUUGACGUUAAUUUCAAAGUUUUUUCCCUCUUUACUCAGUUUUGAAACGUUUCGAUUCCUCGAAACUUGAGAGAUUAUAUUCAAAUUCAAAGUCUCGCAAUCACUCGUUUUCCACAGUAUUUGUAAGCGCAAACAACCACAAUAUUUUGCUUGUACGAGAGGAGAACCAAAAGAUAAUAUUCCCUCGGACACUAUCUUCAUUCCCGGCUGAGCUGGUCCGAGGCUUCAAAACAUAAUGUAUUUUUAUGAUUUCGUUAUAGUUAAUGAGUUUGAGAAAGAAAAAUAUUUUUUCUGCGUUCCAUCGGAGGAUGCCGGAGCAGCAGCAGCAGCUCGGUGCGGUUUUGUAUUUGGGUCGAGUUUUACAAGCUCGGGGGGUGCAGGAGUAAUGGAGAAAUAGAACGAGAAAAAGGAAUUGAGCUUAAUUCAAUUUUUUAUUUACUCAAUAAAGCGAAUAUUUCACCGUCGGCGUAUGAAACAACAAAAAAACGAGGCGAAACUUUAUAAUUGCAUGGGAAAUGAAUGAAAGAUGAAAGAGAAUUUCGCGUUGAAUGUUUUAUUCUUGCCCGUUUCACAGAGGGGCGAGGCGAAUCCACGAAAUUUCAAAAUAUUAAAUUUUUUGUGCGCGUCCUCAUUUCUAGGCAAUCAAACGAGACCGUCCGAGGCGCUACGAAGUCCUCGAAAUUCUGAUAUUCUCUCGUUGUUAUUUGCGCGCACGCGCGCCCAUCGACCGGAAGAAGCCAAAAGUUAAGCGGGUUCGUUGAAUGUGUGUGUGUAAAUACGAUCGAUUAUGAACAUAAUAGGGAAUAAGUAAAUUAUAAAUACAUUAUAUAAAUAUAUAAAUACAUGACGCGCUGAUCGAUCAUUGCCUUUCCGUGUUGACGAAGUUAGAUAGUUACGAGGAGGGUGUAAUUUUGAGAGAACGUGAAGAGACAAAAUAUAGAAACGUUAAAAACGAGUGUGAUACGACUAACGGAAAAAGAAAACAAAUAAGAAAAAAAAAGAAAAAUAAUAUGAGAUGACAGAGAAAAGGAAAACGAGCAAAAAUGCAGGAAAUUGUUAGCAGGAAAAAGAUGGAAACACAAAGAAAAAGAAAGGAGUCCUAAUUCCUAAAUCCUUUGAUUUAGUCAUGUAUCACCACGUAAAUAUGUUGAUUUAGGCUAACGAAUAACUAUUAAGUGUUCCAUUUAGCCUAUACGAUGUAUAUUGUAUGUAUAAUCAUGAAUAAAUUAUCAACAGUAA